AUGCCUCAACAAAAGACAUCCCCACUCAAGACCUACUUCGACGAGCUUGAAGAAACGAAUGGUGAUGAUGAAUGCAGGAAAUGGUUAGACAGUCUUUUCGACGCACGAGCCGAACUAGCAACAUUUGUCGCUACGCGCCGAGGAGGGGGAACCGGAACAUAUGUUGAAUUUCUCAAAGGCUCCUUCAACUUCAGCUUCCGCUACACCUUCAGCGAUGGACGACCGGACACCAUUAUUCGGUUCCCCAAGCCGGGACACACUGCUAUAGCGUACCGAGAUGAAAAGGUUACGAAUGAAGUUCAAUUCAUGGAAUACCUCCGCCAACACACCGAUAUCCCGAUCCCCCGUAUUCACAGCUGGGGCUUAACCGCCGAUAGUCCACAUAACCUUGGCCCAUUCAUCAUCAUGGACUAUGUCACCGGAACCCUCCUAUCAACCAUCUUGAAACAGCCGGAUGAAGAAGACUUGUACCUAAACCCGAAAAUUGACAACACACUCUUAGACAACAUCUACUAUCAAAUCGCCCGCUACCUACUCCAACUCUCCCACCUGACAUUCCCCAAAAUCGGAGCUAUCUCGAAAGACAACACAUCCAACACAUGGCACGUCCCCAACCGGCCCCUAACAUACAACAUGAACGAGCUAGUCACUGUCUCCGGCUACCCUGUUGACAAAUGGCCAAACGCGCCCUUUGACCGCUCCAGCGAAUACCUCGCCUCCCUUGCAAACGAGCAUCUGACCCAUCUUCACACUCAGCGCAACAUCGCCGAUAAUCCCGACAUCGCUCAAGACCGAUUCAUCGCCCGCCAUCGCUUCAAACAACUCAUCACAAAGUACUACCCAACAGAAAACGAACCAUUCAUACUCUUCUGCGACGACAUGCGACCUUCCAAUAUGCUCAUAGACCCAGACACCCACCGCAUCUCCGCCGUUCUGGACUUCGAAUUCACCAACGCCAUGCCGGCGGCGUUCAGCUAUGAUCCGCCCUGGUGGCUAUUACUUUCUGGACCGGAAGUGUGA